UGUGAGGCGUAGCGUAUGUUGGUUGUCCCGCGCUGCAACCUACUAUCAGUGAAUAAUUGUGAUUAACAAAUUUACAUUUAAUUGUCAGUGAUUGAAGACUCGUUAGUUAGUGCAAAAUAUGUCUGUUUACGUCAUGAAAGAAGAUAUAGUGUACGACGAAGGCAAUAGUGAUCAGAAGGACGUUUUGGGAAAUAUAUCCAGCAGGAUAAACAAGGGCGGGGAGCCCCCAACGGCCACGAUGGAGCAGGAGAAGCGAAUAAGGCGGGAAAUCGCCAACAGUAACGAAAGGAGACGUAUGCAGAGCAUCAAUAACGGGUUUCAGUCUCUGAGGAACCUUUUGCCACAUCAUGAGGGAGAAAAAUUGAGCAAGGCGGCAAUCCUCCAACAAACGGCUGAAUAUAUCUACUCAUUGGAGCAGGAGAAGACCAGACUUUUGUCACAAAAUUGUCAGCUGAAACGGCUAGUGAACCAACACGAAGGCGGCGAGCUGCCACCCAAGAAGAGAAAGACUGAAUUGAUAAUUCCCACCAUUACGGCAGAAUCAUCAGACGAGGGCAUAGGUUCAAUGUCACCGGAACUCAUCGUAGUUAACCAACCUGAUAACACAGCGGAGCUAAAGCAACAAUUAGAGCAGGAACGCAGCCUGCGGUUGUUAUUAGAAGACCAAGUGCGGCAGCUGGAAGAACAACUCUUUCAACAGCCGCGUCAACCGCAACCGCAAUUUUUGGAAAUCGAAGACACUGAUGCCGUUGGUAUGCAACUGAUAGCGGCGGAGAGUUUACCUAUCGGUCACACACAGACAGUUGUAUGUAGUGCGUCGCCUGCCAAUUCCAGAAGUUCCAGUCCUAUUCCCGUGAUGCCAGAACAACAGAGGUUACCGUCGGUGUUGGAAGCGGCGAUUAAAGCUGAACCUAAGGUCGAAGUCGAAAGACUGCCGUCGCCGAACACUUCAACGCAUGAAGAUAACAGCCGAGUGUACAACAUCUCGAACACUUCCAGGCAGAACCUCGAGACAAUCGUCGAGGCCAUCAGACACCUCGAAGGCAGUCAUAUGUUCGACGAUGAACAAGAUGUUCCACUUGCACUUACCACUAGAUCUGCGGAUAUCAAGCCAGACGUUCACGCGGCCUACCUUGAGUUCAACGCUACGACAGUUCAGCAAUACCAACAAUCCAGGCCGGGAGUGAUUGUCGUGAAACAAGCGUCGUGAUCGAAAAUCAUUCACUUUGCCAGUCUGCCAUCUAGCGGACAGGUGAGGAGACAGGACUAAAAAGUGACGGCUCCGGGCUCUUAGGUUACGUAGAGUCCGCCAUCUCGAUUAUGUUAAUCCAAAUAUAGCAAAAAAAAUGUUAACGACAACGUUGAGCGCCAUUUUUUAUUUAAAAUAUAUAAAAAUGGGCUGGCCUUUCAUGUGAAUGUUCUUUUCUCUCUAAUUUAUUUUGUUCGUCCCUGUUAGAUUUAAGAGCCGGUGAAAUUUUUGUUACAUCAUUAUGCAACUGUUAAUUUAUUUCUAAUUUUUACUUUUUUUUUUAUUUUUAAGAUCGUUUUUGUAAACACUAGAUCUCGGAAGAUAAAUGUGAGAGGUACAAAUAAAAUGAUUUUAAUAGAAACUAAAGAUUUUAAAAAUCGCGUUUUUAUUGACCUAAUUGUUCUAAUUCAGCUUUUCCGAGGUUUGAUGUAAUCUUCAGUAGAAAAAUGUUAGAAGAAUGAAGUAACUAAAACGUUCACUAGCUCAUAUGCUAUUGUUAACCCCAUCUAAAUUUGAAAUUUCGUAAUUUUUGAGCUACAUAAUUUAUAUAAAAAAAUUAUUGGCUAUUAAAGAUGGAAGGAAAUGUUUUAGCUAAAAAAUACAUGUUUUGGCCGUCUGAAAGUUUUAUUAUAAAGUAAACGAUUUUCUUUUGUUGGUAAAAAAUACCGGUCUCGAAAUAAAAUAUAAUUUGGCACUAAAUAGUUGAUAAGUGGUUUGAUGUGAAAAAAACCUAUUAGUAUUUAAUAUUUUUUACUAACAACGGCAAAUUACGUUUCAUAUGAUUAAUUUCUUACAAAAGAAAAAGUAAAGUAACCGAUCAUUCGAAUAAAAUUGUUUUUUGGGGGGUUGUUGGGUUGUACAGUUAAAUUGCUUUAUUUUUUCCCAAAAUAUGUAAUAUUUUACGUAAAUAGCUAUUGACACUUCGAUUCUAUCUUGAUGUUUGUUUGUUAAAAACAGUACCAUCAUACAAAAUAAUGAUUGAUUUACUUUGAUCCUUUUUUAUAAAAUUUGUAAAUUAAAUAGUAACUAAAAAAAGAUUAAAUCCAUAAAAUGUAGGUCAAAUAAAAAUAACUAUAUUGUAAUUUUGAAAUUGUAGGUACUAAAUUCUCAGAAAUGUAAUUGAAUUAACGGCACGUACUCAUGUACGUGCAACCGAAUGAUCCUAUAAUAACGGGCGUGUUGUAUUUGUUAAUGUAUCUAAUAAAAUAUAUUCAUAAUAUCAAUAUUUGUUGGAAAA